AUGAAGCCAGAAACCGAAACGAAUUUAGAAGCAGCCGCUUCUGUUGCUGGAGACGUUAUCGGUGAUACAGCGUACAGUGAACGCUUUGUCCUGAAAAUUCUAUUAAAACUCGCUAAUUUGGACUCUCUCAAAGACGAGAUCCGCGAAAAAUCGUUCGAAGAUGAUCUUUGUACACUGUGGGACAUGACUGCAGAGAGAGACGUGGUUUUAUUUUUACAGAAACAUGAUGUUCUGAAUUUGUUUAACUUCGCCUUACCAGUCCUAGAAACACCACGUAUGAUAGAAAUUAUUGUUGGAAUUAUAGGCAACUUGUGUUGCCAAAGAACAGCAGUUACAAACCUCAUGAAAAUGGAAAACUUUUUAAGACUGCUCUUAGAAUAUGUAAAAAGUGAGGACAGUUUAGUUUUGAUACAGUUGUUACGCUUAGUGAACUCUGCUUUAUUCUUAGCGGAGAAUGAUGACAUUCCAAAGUGGAUGAAUUUAUUUGAAAGUGUUGGAUACUCGGAAGCUUUAUACUUCAUUCUUAAAAACUCAUCACACAAAGAGUUACUUGUAACUGCUAUAGAAAACAUGAACACAUUAUGUUCUUAUUGUAACACUGACGAAGUGAGAACAAAGUUUUAUACUCACUUUGUGAACUUGGAAGCUCUCGAUAGUCUUACUUCUGCCUUCAGUGAAGUUAUAGUAAGUCAAAAAGAUUCUUGUGAAAGGGAAGAAAUAGAAAGGGUGCUACUAAUUAGCUUACAAAUAACACUGAAUAUGGUAAGCUUUGAGAAUGCUCAACAGAUAUUCUGUUCAUGUAAAGAUAGUAUACAAAUUAUGAUAAAAAACAUCCUUGUUUAUUAUGAAGAUAAGCUUGUGAAUCAAAAAGAAAUUGACUCUGACAUAGUCGAUAUCAUAGACUCGACUUUCACAAUUGUUAAUUUGCUUAAGUUGAAUGAGUCCAGUAAUAUGGAUAUUUAUUUUGUGUCUUGCCAUAACAUGUGGAAAGCAAUGAAUGUAGCUACAAAGUCACAUCUAAAUGGUAAUUCUGACUUUGAGGAUAGUAAUGAAGAAUUAGCACAACUAACUAAGGAAAUAAAAUUGCCUCUGUGCAAUUUGGUGUGUGAUUAUAUUUUGAAAUGUUCUGAGAGUCACCUGUUAACUGUCUUAGAUGCAGUCAAUGGAGACUAUGAAUUGAUUCUCAGUGAAGUGAAUAGUGAAAUACAACAUAAUGUGUCUAAAAGGACUGCAGACUACAGAAGCAGACUCGAAAGUGUUAAUUCUUAA